UAAGCCUUGUCGCCAUUUUGAUUAUUAUUGGAGAAGAAGCAAGAACGCAUCAUCAGAAACUUCCACUUCACGUGCAUUCUUCCGGCUAUCAUCUCGGAGUAGGAAAGUGUGGUAGCACUUGCAGUGUUUCUCGCUUGUGGGUCUCUCAGUUUUCUCCGCAUAUAAGCCAUGUCACGUUAUCGAGAAUGGGAAAUCUCUUGUAAAGUCUACAUUGGUAAUUUGGGAAGUAGUGCUAGCAAACACGAAAUCGAGAGUGCAUUUAGCAAGUAUGGUCCAUUGAGGAACGUAUGGGUUGCGAGAAAUCCACCAGGUUUUGCUUUUGUCGAGUUUGAGGAUCCAAGGGACGCAGAGGAUGCUGUUAGAGGAUUGGAUGGAACACGGUGCUGUGGUACAAAAGUAAAGGUAGAGAUGUCUACUGGGAGAAGGAGACAUAGUGGUGGUGGUCGCAGGCCAGGUCCACGAUAUUCCAGGUCCAGAUCUCGCAGUCCUCGUAGGAAAUCUCUGGGUCGUUAUCCAAGGUCUUUGUCAAGAAGUCCAAGAAGAUCAUCCAUUAACAAAUAUACCAGGUCAAGGUCCCGCAGUCCACGUAGAAGAUCUUUGACCCGUAGCCGCAGCCGUGACCGCCGUUCUCGCUCGGAUUCUCGAGAUAGACGUUAAAUGCUGAAUAUGAUGGAAACCGGACAACCCUUGUGGACAAGAUAAAAUUUGACACGUCUUAUGUGUUUGCAUUUGUAUAUUAAUGAUAUAAUAUAUUUACAGUCAUAUCAUAAAUAAACAAAAGUAAACAUUGAUAAAAAACAACGCUCAGAAAUACAUAUACAAAAACAUAUAUCGUACACAGAGAUACAGGUAAACUUAUAUGGGACAAACAUACUGACAAAUUCACACAAUAAAAAUAAUUGAGAGCGCUUUUCAAUUUCGGACGUGUUGGCUUAAUUGCUGUAAAGUGUAUAAGUGGAAAAGAAACUGAACCCAUUCACUUUCAUUCUUUGUUAAGGAUAACUUUAAUAAUUAACCUUUUAGCUAUGAUGAGACUGGCCGUGGCAUUUGUCAGCCACCUAGUACAGAAAUGGCAUAUAGACAAACAAAAUAUAUAUGGCAAGAAGAAGUGUGUCUAUCAAAACAAAUAAUAUUUUCUGCUAUUUGAUUAAUGCACGUAUAUUUAAAACAAUAUAUGAAUAAGUAAAGUCACGAUGUGACAGUGACACUAAGUAGCUAAAAGGUUAAUAACAAUAAUAAUAGUAAUAAUUAAUAACAAAUAAUAAACAAAAACAUGGAAAAGUUAAUGCUGCAUCAAAGAAAUUGGAAUAAAUUUAAUAUUAGAAUAUUGAAUUUGAAAAAAAUUGAAAAACAAGAAAAAAAAAAAAACAAA